AUGGAGGGCGCUGUGACCUGCAUCAUGCCCUACUUAGACGGCAAGGAGCUUGCGAUGGCAGAAACCGUGUGCUUGAAAUGGCGGACCUUGCCGGACCAGCUGCAGACAUGGGACACGCUGCGCCAAGCCUACAUCGCGCGCGCAUUGGAUUGCCUCCAGAACUUUUAUGGCUGGGACGUGGACGACGUGAUUUGGCCGGAGACACCUGCGCAAUAG